AUGGUAGUUAUUGGGUUGAAUAAUCAAAUACUUCAGAGAAUUAAUGAUUACAAUACAUCAGAUAAAGUAGUAUUGUCAAUAAAUAAUGUCGAAAUAACAAUCAACAAGUCUUUCGCAGUUGCAUUUUCGAAAACUUUUUACUCACAGUACUUGUUAGACAAUAGUACAGAUAAAAUCGAUGCAAAUACAGACAUUGAAUCACAAGAUACAUACAAUAUUUUGAAAGACAUCCUUCAAUACAGGAAAACAGAGUUCGAAUGCAACGAAACAAUUUUGAAAGAUCUCUUUCACAUCGGUCUCAAACUUGAGAUGCAAGAACUUAUUAAUUUAUACGAAACAUAUGUCAUCGAUAAAAUGGAAAUUAACAAAAACAAUUGUUUUCAAAUUCUUGAGAUUUAUGUAUAUGUGCCUUAUGAAGACAAGAUUUCAGAAUGUCUUAAUUUCAUCUCAUCACAUUUUUUCGAAAUUGAUUUGGAACGACUCAAAAUAAUAUCAAUUGCAUUUGGAAUUGACUUUAUCAAUCUUAUCGUCUGCAACGAUUUGUUAGUUAUCAAAGAUGAGGAUUCAUUUGCCAAAUUCGUUAUUUCUCUUGCUGAAGAAAAUGAAACAUUUUACCCAUUGAUCGAAAACAUUCAUUUUGAAUUUUGUAAUGAUGAAAUCAUUCAUAAAAUCCAAAAUUUACCAAAUAUAAAUAACUGUCCAAAUGUCAUCAAAUCAUUAUGCGAUUCAUUAUCGAGAUCAAAAAACGGGAAACAAUUGAACACAAGAUCUUUUAAUCCAGACGAUUUUCAAUCGAUGAUAACAAAUUACAAGAACUCAGAUGACUUCGAAAGCAUUUACAAAUUCUUCGAGCGACUUUCAGAAAAUGGAUAUCAAGAUAUUAUUUAUAAAGCAUGCCAAGAAGGACUCCACAGUAAGAAAGACAGUAAACAUGGCUUAGAUAUCCUUCUUAAUGCAUCGAAAGAAGGUAAUUUAGAUCUUGUACAAACACUCAUUGAAUGUGGUUGUAAUAAAGAAACGACUGAUAAUUAUAACGAUACUCCUCUCAUUUUAGCUUUAAAGAAUGAUAAUCUUGAUAUUGUUCAAUAUCUCAUUUCUAUUGGUGCUGAUAAAGAAGCCAAAAAUAAAUACGGAUCUACUCCUCUCAUUUUAGCAUUAGAAGAAGGACAUCUUGAGAUUGUAAAAUAUCUCAUUUCUGUUGGUGCUGAUAAAGAAGCAAGAGAUAUAAAAGGUAAUACAGCCAUAGGAGUUGCAACAUAUGAAAACAAACUUGAGGUUGUUCAAUAUCUUGCCUCUAUUGGUGCCAAUAUCGAAGCAAAAAAUGAAAGCGGAAAUACCCCAUUAAUCCAAGCAUCAAAAAAUGGUAAUCUUGAUGUCAUUAAGUUUCUAAUUUCUAUAGGUGCUGAUAAAGAGGCAAAAGGCAAAGAUGAGAAUACACCAUUACUUUUUGCAACAAUGAAUGGCCAUCUUGAAGUUAUUCAAUAUCUUAUUUCUGUUGGUGUUAAUAUCGAAGCCAAGAAUAAAAUUGAAUCAACUUCUCUAAUUGUUGCAUCAACAAAAGGUCUUCAAAGCGUAGCACAAUAUUUUACUUCUGAUGGUGCUGAUAAAGAAGUAAAGAAUAACUCGUCAUGCCCCCCUCAAAGCGAUGCGUCCUCAAAUGAAAAUCUUGAAAUUAUACAAUAUCUUGUGUCUGUUGGUGCUGAUAUAGAAUCGCAGGAUCAUAAUGGAAUGACACCAUUGAUAUGGGCUUCAAUAAUAGGAAAUCUUAAAAUAGUUCAAUAUCUUAUUUCUAAUGGAGCUAAUAUUGAGGCAAAAGAUAAAAAAGAAAAUUAUCCAAUUAUUUAUGCAUCUAAAUUUGGCCAUCUUGAAGUUAUUAAAUGUCUUAUUUUGGCUGGUGCUAAUUCCGAAAUAAUAAAUUUUAUUGAAGAUUCACCUCUUAUAAUAGCGUCACAUGAAGGCCAUUUAGAAAUAGUCAAAUAUCUUAUUUCUAUCGGCACUAAUAUAGAAUGGAAAAAUAUAGCAAAUUGUACUCCCUUAAUUUCCGCAAUUAAAAAUGGUUGUCUGGAAAUUGUAAAAUGUCUCAUUUCAAAUGGAGCCAAUAAAGAAGCCAAAGAUGCUAAGGGAUAUACCCCUCUUGUUUCGGCAUCUUUCCAUGGUCAUCUUGAAAUUGUUAAGUAUCUCAUAUCUGUUGGUGCAAAUAUUGAAGAAAAAAAUAAUGAUUUUGGAACUAAUUCUCUAAUUUGUGCGUCAUAUAAUGGACACUUAGAAAUAGUUAAAUGUCUUAUUUCUGCUGGUGCGAAUAAAGAAACAAGAGAUCAAAACGGAAGAUCUUCGUUAUUCGUCGCCUCAGCUUAUGUCCAUCUUGAAAUUGUUAAAUAUCUCAUUUCUAUUGGUGCUGAUAUUAAUGGAAGUGAUAACAAUGGCAACACACCACUCUGUGCAGCUUUAUUUAGGGACAGACUUGAGAUUGCUCAAUAUCUUGUUUCUGCUGGUGCUAAUAUAGAAAGAAAAAAUAAAAAUGGCGAUUCUCCAUUAAUUCAAACAUCAAUAUGGAAUAAACUAGAAAUUGUCAAAUAUCUAAUUUCUAUUGGUGCUGAUAUAGAAUCAACAGAUGGAAAGGGAAUUACAUCAUUAAUUAUUGCAUCAAAGAAUGAUAAUCUUGAAAUUGUUAAAUAUCUUAUUUCUUCUGGUGCCAAUAUUGAGGCAAAGUAUGAAGUUAGAACAACAUCACUUCUCUAUGCAUCAAUUAAAGGCCAUUUUGACAUUGUUAAAUAUCUUGUUUCUGCUGGUGCCAACAUCGAAGCAAAGGAUAAGUUUGAAUUAACAUCACUCCUCUAUGCAUCAAAUUAUAACUAUCUUGAAAUCAUUAAAUAUCUAGUUUCUGCUGGUGCCAACAUCGAAACAAAGAAUAAGGAUGAAUCGACUCCACUAAUAAUUGCAUCAAUAAAUGGUAAUCUUGAAAUUGUUAAAUAUCUUGUUUCUGCUGGUGCAAACAUCGAAGCAAAGAAUUCUUGUGGAUCGACUCCGCUUAUAAUUGCAACGGCAGAAGGCAACUUAAAUCUUCUUCAAUACCUUGUUUCCGUCGGAGCUAAUUUUGAAGCAAAAGAUAAUGAUGGAUAUUUUCCACUUGUUAUUGCAUCUUUCAAAGGACAUUUGGAAGUAAUACAGUAUUUAAUCUCUAUUGGAGUUGAUAAAGAAGCAAAAUAUAAUAGAAUCACCCCACUUAUGUUUGCAUCAUCUCAUAAUCAUCUUGAAAUUGUUCAAUAUCUUAUUUCCAUUGGAGCAAAUUUUGAAUCAGAUGAAAAUGCUGCAUAUCCUGCGAUUAUAUGUGCCUCCGUUCGUGGAAAUUUAGAAAUUGUAAAAUAUCUUCUUUCAAUUGGAGCUAAUAUUGAAGCAAAAGAUGAAAAAGGGGCAAAUUCGCUCAUAUAUGCUUCAAUUUUUGAUCAUCUUGAUAUUGUUAGGUAUCUCAUUUCCGUCGGUGCUGAAGUAGAGGCAAAAGAUAAUAAUGGUACGACAUCACUUAUUUGGGCUUCAGUCCAAGGUAAUCUUGAAGUUGUUAAGUAUCUCAUUUCCGUCGGUGCUGAAAUAGAGGCAACAGAUAAUGGUGGUAAGACUUCACUUAUUUUGGCUUCAUAUAAGGGUCAUCUUGAAAUUGUUAAAUACCUCAUUUCAAUUGGAGCUGACAAAGAAGCAAAAGAUAAUUAUUGGAAUACACCACUCAUUGAAGCAUCAAAAAAUAAUGUAACUGAAGUAGUUGAAUAUCUUAUUUCGGUUGGUGCAAAGGCAAACGGAAUUGCAAAAUGGGCUCCAAUAAAGAAAUCUUGGGCUUCUGUUGAUUAA